GGUCUCACAAAUUUAUUUCUAUUCAGUCGUGAAAAUUUUUAGCCGUCUUUCGAAUCGUUUCGGAACAACUACCUUUCUGACUGUUGAUUAACAUUCGAAAAAGAAAAAGACAAAGAAAAGAAAAAACGCAUAGAUAAUUAAAUUCUGAAAUUAUAACAACACACAUUAAUUGCAAGCGAAAUUCCAAGUCACCGAAGGAAAUUUAAAAAUUGUUUAAUUGUUGUUGAACGCGUGUGAUUUCCAAAAUGGAGCCCGACGUUCAGAUGGAUGCAGGGGGUGGCGAGUCCCCGAUCCUCACGCUUCGCAAGGCCCGCUCUGCGAUAACGAUUCUUAGCCCAAUGGCCAAUUCCAGCAAAAUGGCGGAGGGUAAUGGCGAACUAUUAGAUGACAUUAAUCAGAAAGCCGAUGACCGUGGCGAUGGCGAGCGUACAGAAGACUAUCCCAAGCUGCUGGAAUACGGUCUGGACAAGAAAGUCGCCGGCAAACUGGAUGAAAUCUACAAAACCGGCAAGUUGGCUCACGCCGAGCUGGACGAGCGCGCCCUGGACGCGCUCAAGGAGUUCCCCGUCGAUGGUGCCUUGAAUGUGCUGGGUCAGUUCCUCGAAUCGAACCUGGAGCACGUGUCGAACAAGUCCGCCUACCUAUGUGGCGUGAUGAAGACGUACCGCCAGAAGAGUCGAGCCAGCCAACAGGGCGCGGCUGCGCCUGCCGCUGCCGUUCAGGUCAAAGGUCCCGACGAGGACAAGAUCAAGAAGAUCCUCGAGCGCACCGGCUACGCAUUAGAUGUGACGACAGGCCAGAGAAAAUACGGCGGACCGCCACCGGAUUGGGAGGGAAAUGUUCCGGGAAAUGGUUGCGAAGUUUUCUGCGGCAAGAUACCCAAGGACAUGUACGAGGACGAACUGAUUCCGCUCUUCGAGAACUGUGGCACAAUCUGGGACCUACGCCUCAUGAUGGACCCAAUGACGGGCACAAAUCGUGGUUAUGCAUUUGUCACAUUCACAAAUCGCGAAGCGGCCGUCAAUGCAGUGCGACAGCUAAAUGAUUUUGAAAUUCGGAAAGGCAAAAAGAUUGGUGUUACGAUAUCAUUUAACAAUCACCGGCUAUUUGUCGGCAAUAUACCUAAGAAUAGAGAUCGCGACGAAUUAAUUGAGGAAUUUUCAAAACAUGCACCCGGCCUUUACGAGGUAAUCAUAUACAGUUCGCCAGAUGAUAAGAAAAAGAAUCGUGGCUUCUGUUUUCUCGAAUACGAGUCACACAAGGCGGCAUCUUUGGCCAAACGAAGACUUGGCACAGGUAGAAUUAAGGUAUGGGGAUGUGAUAUAAUAGUCGACUGGGCCGAUCCACAGGAGGAGCCGGAUGAACAAACUAUGUCCAAGGUUAAAGUUCUUUAUGUGCGAAAUCUAACCCAGGACGUCUCAGAGGAUAAGCUGAAGGAGCAAUUUGAGCAAUAUGGAAAGGUGGAACGCGUUAAGAAAAUAAAAGACUAUGCCUUUAUACACUUUGAGGAUCGUGAUAGCGCCGUCGAAGCUAUGCGUGGCCUUAAUGGCAAGGAGAUCGGCGCCUCGAAUAUUGAGGUCUCUCUAGCCAAACCUCCCUCGGACAAAAAGAAAAAGGAGGAAAUUCUGCGGGCUCGUGAGCGCCGUAUGAUGCAAAUGAUGCAAGCGCGUCCCGGGAUCGUGGGAUUUGAAACCUUGUCUCCAUACAGAAAUCUGUCGCCGACACAUCCCAGCAUGAUGUCCUUGACGCCCAUGCGCCUGCAAGGGGCGCGCAUGCCGCUGCGUACGCCGAUACCUCGCGAAUACGAAUACGAUUACGACUAUUUCGGUUUCUCGGACUACCACCCCAGUUCUUAUGGCGUCAACGAGUCGUUCUACGACGAGCUGUACCGCUCGUACGAUGGGGACUACAACUACUAUGAUUUCCAGAGCGGUGCUUGCGGCGGGGGCGGUAAUAUGACCGGCGGUCCGGUGGUUCCGCUGCCAAACGGCGGCUCCGCCCAGAAUUCACCGCUGGCCAGUGGUCAGCGAUCGGCCAGAUCCUCAGCAAGUGGUCCCAGCGGUUCGACGAGCUUUGUGGGAGUUGGUCGUGGGCCUGGAAUCACAGUGCCGCGUGGCAGAGUCGUUGGCCAACGUGGCAGCAUCAGUCGUCUGGGGGCCCAAACAGCGCCACAGGCGGCGGCAGCGGCAGCGGCGGCGGGACAGGCGGCGGCGGCGGUAGCUCAGCGGGGGGCCACCGGUCAGGGGGCGCCGGCAGCAACCGGGGGGGUCCGUGGGGUGGUGCCAACGCGUCCCAGCGCUCGUGGCACCCAGCACGUCAAGCCGCUACAAAAUUUACCAGUAGUCGGUAAACGUAAGUUCGAUGGAGGUCACCAAAAUCCGGCAGAUGUUAAGCGACGUUACCCGAGCGGUUUAAUAGGAAAUGGCGGCAGUUGGGGCAGUUUACCGCUACCACAGCAACCUUUAGGCACCAAUGGUGAACAGUGGUACAUGGAUACGUUUUCGGCAUGGAGUUAAAACCACACAGCAACAGCAACCACAACAACAACAACAACCCGAAUUGAAAUCAGUUAAAAGCAUCAUUAACAACAACAGCAGCAACACAAGGAAGUUACAACCACAAAUAAUCAUUUUCUCCAAGCAACAUCCUGGAGAAAAAAACCUUCGCGUCAUAGUAAACACAAAAAAAAAAAUAAACAAAAACAUAAAACAAAAAUAGCAACCAUUCUUAACAAGCAAUAAAUUUAAUUUCAACAAACUAUAUAAAGUAUAAGAAAUACAAUUAGCCACAAUUCAAAAGCAUUGUUUAGAGACUCGUUUCGAUCUUAGUUCUUUUGCUAUGAACGCCGUAGAUUGCGUCCUCUAAAUAACUACAUAUAAUAACAAAUCAAGAAAUCAGCAAUAGCAGCAACAAAUAUGUCGAGUAGAGUAUAUGUAUUGUAUGUAAUCACUUUAAAAAUAGCCUUUGCAGCGACAGCAUUUUAAACGAAGAGUUUUCAUUUAGCGAAACAAGUUUAGCAGAUUUUCCCAAACCAAUUUUAAAAAGCAUCAGCCUCAAAACUUAGAUAAACCAAAGUCAAAUCGUUUUAAAGUUCACAAAAAGUAUAAGAAAAAUUUGUCUCAUAGCGUUUUUAACUCGAAAUUGCAACAAUAAUUGAGCAUAUAUAGCAAAACGAAUAUGAAAAAAAAAAAAAAUAUAUGAAAUAUAUUUAUCUAUAACUAUAUAGAGAGAGCAGUCUAAGCCCAUACAGAUUGAUUUUAAAUCUUAAGCAGCAUGUAGCACCCCUUUUAUACAUUGAAAAAGCGUAAGCAACCAAAUUCAAAAUCAUUUUACAAUAUUUACAUGGGCAUCGGAAAAUUUACAUUUUAGACAGGCAAUUUCUUCUUUUGUAUAUAGCCAAUGGAAAGUUGGCAAGCGCUGAAGCUAGUAAUAUGGGAAACCCAGACAUAUAUACACGAGAUCAAGCUCAGAUGAAUUGAAAAACUGUUUAAUAUUCUAAGAACACCAAGAAACACAAUUCAAAUUGAAAAGCAAAGCUUAGUGAAGAAACAUUGACUGACAAAAAUAAAGAAAACAAAAAACAAAUUAUUAAUUAGAUCGAAUGAGUUGAUAUGAGAACGAUAAGCAAAUACAAAAAUUAAAACGCAGCCAGCAUUAUUAUAUAAUGCGACUGGCGACGGCAACUGGCAAGACUUUCUGCAAAAAUUUGAAAACAAACUAUUUUUUAACGACGUAAGUUUUAGGCAACUUCAAAUCAAUUAUCUGUCAGAAGUAAAAAACAAAAUAUGUAGAGCUAAGUAAUUGCACACAUACAAAACUACACUUAAAACUCACUGAUAAUACUGAUAAGCAGAUUAAAAUCGCAAAUCAACAAGAAAUUUGACAAGUGUCUGCAAAUCGAAGCAACGAAUUAGGAAGAAAACGUAUAGACGCGGAGACAACACAUCACAAACAGUAAAAGUAAUGAACCUAAUAAUAAAAUUGAUUAUAAAUUUUAAUACCCAUAACGCAUACUUAAUAUUAACACUUGUAACGAGUACGAUAAACAAUCAAAUCGUGCUUAAUUUUGGAAAAAAAAACCAAGCCAACAAAACUAUAAAAUCAAUUAGCCAACGGUCAAGUGCGUAUUAGCAGCAAUCCUAAACCAUUCAAAGCUAAUAAAUUCUAUUUAAAAUCCACUAAUCUUAUAACGAAUUCAGAUUAAAGUCUUUUCCCACUUUCCUUUACUCAUCUAUUACUGCUACGCACACAGAUAAUACGGAAGAGAACACAGCCCUAAGCUAAAAUAAUAAAAAUACCAAGUUGACUUGCGAAAACUUAACUAACUCCAUGCCUAUAAAAAAGAAACGCCACACACGUGUCAAAAUACGUAUAUGUAGGGAAAAUUUAUGAAACAAAAACUUGCCCGUUUACUUUCUGUUUCGAAAAAUUUCAAGAAAAAAGUGUUUUGGUUGAACAAGAAUUCUGCCGUUUACGUUUCCGCUAUUGCUAGAUCUCAAGUAAAGCAAAAAGUUAAUUAAUAUAUAUAAAUGUAUAAAACAAAAAUAUAUAAAUUAGUUUUAAACUAACGAAAGAAUACUUCCAAUUUUGAACUCAAGUAUAAAGCAAAAUACAAACUGUUGGCAGUUAAUGAAGGACGCGUGUGUUUUAAAACGUAUCUAUGAACAUUGUUCAGCAUAAGCCUAAAAACAAUAACUUUUUUAAAUUUAAAAAUACACAUACACAGACACACACCAAGCAGUUGCCUAAAGUAAAAAAAAAAAACAAACAAAUAAUGAAUACAUGAAUUAAAACUUGCGCAAAAUUUGCAAACCAGCAAAGAACUUUAAAUACAUAAUAUUAGCCACAAACAAUAAGAGAAUAUAUACAACAAAUUCUAAAUGACCAUAGUUAAGCUUAAAUUUAGUAACACUCACAUACACACACACACAUAUAUACACAUAAUUAUUAAAAUAAAGUAAACUGUCGUUGUAGGGGAUGAGAAGUGUGCGCCAUUUUCUAACUACAAUAACAAGAGAAAAAAAUUACUAAAAUAUUUACCCAAUUUUUAUUUUUGAUAAGUUUUCCUAUGAAUUUUCUUAAACAUUUUACUUUUUUAUUGAGAGAGCAUUUUAUGCAAUUGCAAUUGAUUGUUGCCUUCGAAAAAGAAAGGGAGAAAUAAUUUUAAAACUUUAAUCAUUUUUUCUUUAAACACACACAAACACAACAAAUAAAUUAAUUUUAUAAGAAAGUGAAUUAAAUGAAAUUCUAUAACGCCGCGUCUUUUUGCAUGCAAAAUUUUCGAUUUUUCGCCCUAGAAAUUUCCACAUUUGGUGACUUAAAACCUUUGAACCCAAUUCAAAUUGCAAAUAUAUAAAUAUAAUUAAUUUUAACAAUUUGUUUAAUUCGAUAAAUGUACUGAUUUUAUAUUGUUUUAAAUUUGUAAUUUAAUUUGUAAGUUUUUAUUGUUAAUGUGUUUUUUCUAUUGUAAACUAAAACUAAACUAAAUCUAUAAUCCAAUUGGCAAAUUGUUACACAAUUCGUUUAAGUUUACUGAUUUCGUCGAUUCAAAAAUUGAGAAUGAAAUUUUUACAAAAAAUAUGUGCCGUUAUCUAUAAACCAUUUCUUUGGAAGCCUAAUAAUUUCCCGCAACCCCACUCCCCCCUAAACCUUUACCCCUCAACACCCUUAAUUGUGUUAAAUAUUGUAAUUUGUAAUUUUUGUUUUAAUUUUUCGGGAAAGCAAAAACGUUUGGCAAAAUUAGUUUUUAAUUUGAAUAUUUAGUUUUGUUUGUGCGCUUAAGUUUUCAAUAGUAUGUUAUAUAUAUUAAACUAUGAAUAUUAAUUUUUAGCAAAAUAUUUUUACGACCUAACAUAAAUCACUAAUGUUAAAUACUUAAAGAACUAAUUUGUUUAGCUGUUUAAUUGGUUUAAAAUUUUUCUGUAUUGUGAAGAGGAGCGCAAACAAAAUUUUUCUUUGAUCUAUUAACAAUAACAAUAACUGUAUACGUGUGUAAAUUUCAACCUUCAACAAAAGCAACACAAUACUGAAAAUAAAAUAGAAAUAAAGUCGAAAGGAAUCAUGAAAGAAAGCAAAGUGGACAACAAAAUUGCAAACUGCGCAUGGAAACUGAGCGAAAAAAAUGAAAAACUUUACAUGAAUUGUGAUGAUGCAAAGGCAAGAUUUAAUCAUAAUUACUAAAUCUAUAUACAAUAAAUAUAUAUCUUUCUCUAUAAAUAUAUAUAUUUGAGUAUAUAAUGUAAAUGUAGGCGUAGGAGUGUAUAAUCUAACUUUACUUUUAAACAGACUGCGUACGUAUUAAAAAUUUUUAAAAUUAAUUUGUGUAAAAUGUUUUAAGUUUUGAAAAAUUGGCAAAUAAAGAAAACAAUAAAAAUUAAUAAAUCAAAAACAUGAUCGUAUUGUAAAUUGAAAUAUACAACCUAUUUCGACCUAUUCCAAAUUAUCUUUUCAAACCUUUUCAGCAAUCAAAAAGCUUUUUAUGUAUAUUUCAAGAAUCGGCUUAAAGCAAGCGCAACUGUUUAUAAAGAAAAUUGAAGGACAUUGGCAGUGGAUGCAAGGAUCUGAGAGCUUUGGAAAGUUUCCAAGAUUGUUUCUUCUUAAACACACAAAAAACAUGAAUUGUAUGAGGACAAUAUCUAUUUCAAACAUACACACACGUUAGGAUUAGCUUCUCUUAGACCAUUCUUGUUUAAUUUUUAAAUUUAUAGUUUGUGUGUGUUUUCUUUACUUUUUUUUUAAUUACAUUUAUAACAAUUUAUACUUGAUUGAUUAAAACUCUUUUAUAAACUACCUAUUGAUAUACAUCACAAAACAUUUGCAUACAUACCACACGUAUGAAAGGGAUUCAUAAACCGUGAACGUAACGUCGCCAAUUAUUACGAUAUAAAAAAAAACAAAUGGAAAUUAAAUAAUAAAAACAAUUAGAAUUCAUCGUAGAGGAAGGCCGAAUGUGAGAAAAAUGGGGAAAACAACUUUUACGUCUUAAUAAACAAUUAUUGUUAACGAAGAAAAUAAAAGUGAGAAAAGAAGCAUAUUGUACUAAAAUAUUUGAUAUACAUACAUUUGUUAUUAUUUGUAAUACGAAAAUUAAAUAAAAUUGCAUCCAGAUAAUAAAAAAUGAAAUAAAUAAAGAA